AUGGGGGCUAACGGUCAAACCCGCGAGCUUGAGGCUCCAAACCCCUCGCAAAACGAGGACCUGCAGGUUGAACUUGAUAUUAUCCAGGGAAAUACCGAAUCGGCCGUGCCGACGUACCUGCCACUUGGUGAUGAGGCUGUCAAGGCAGCACAAGCCAUGACCAAUGCCAACCAACAGCAACAGGACCAAGAGGGCGCUACUGUCGUUGGCCUCAGCCGCCACUUGUUGAGCAAGGAGCAGCAACUGCUAUACAAGCACAUUAUCCAAGGUGCCAUGAUGCGCGUGGGCGAGCACAAUACCAAACAGGGCAACCAGUUUCGAGAGAAUGCCCUGCGAUCCCUGCGUGAAGACCCCGGCCUGCAACAGUUGUUGCCAUUUUUCAUCGAGUUUGUGGCUAACGAGGCAAGUUGCUCUUCAAAACGCUGA